AUGGCAACUUGUCCGAGAGGCUGCACCCCAGCGGUGCAGCUUUGUCAGAAACUGAACCGACUCAAGACACUGGAUGAUGACAUGAUGGCCACGUCGCUGAAACGCUGCCUCUCCACCUUGGACCUGACUCUCUUGGGAGUCGGUGGCAUGGUGGGCUCUGGGCUUUAUGUCCUGACAGGAACGGUGGCUAAAGACAUGGUUGGGCCCGCUGUCAUCGUAUCCUUCAUUUUUGCAGGUUUUGCGUCUCUACUGGCUGCCUUUUGUUACGCAGAGUUUGGAGCACGCAUUCCCAAAACGGGAUCUGCCUACAUGUUCACCUACGUCUCUGUUGGAGAGGUCUGGGCGUUUCUCAUUGGCUGGAAUGUGAUUCUGGAGAACAUGAUUGGUGGCGCUGCUGUGGCACGUGCCUGGAGUGGCUAUCUCGACUCCAUUUUUAACCACGCCAUCCAGAACUUUACGGAGACGCACAUUAUGCAGUGGAACGUGCCCUUCCUUGCCCAUUACCCUGACCUCCUUGCAGCAGGGAUUCUAGUCGUCGCCUCAUUCUUCAUUUCCUUUGGAGUUCAAGUGUCCUCUUACCUUAACCAUAUCUUCUCCGUUAUUAGCAUGGCUGUCAUCAUUUUCAUCCUGGUAUUUGGCUUUAUGCUGGCUGAACCAGCCAAUUGGAGCCAGAAAGAAGGAGGUUUUGCACCUUUUGGGCUAUCUGGAAUACUGGCAGGCUCAGCUACGUGUUUUUACGCAUUUGUGGGCUUUGAUGUAAUUGCAUCCUCAAGUGAGGAGGCAAAGAACCCACAGAAAGCUGUCCCCAUUGCCACCGCAAUCUCCCUCGGACUGGCAGCGGCAGCUUACAUCCUGGUCUCCACAGUGCUUACACUAAUGGUACCCUGGCAUUCACUGGACCCCAACUCAGCGCUGUCAGAUGCUUUCUUCCGCCGGGGUUACAGUUGGGCUGGAGUUAUUGUGGCGAUAGGUUCCAUCUGUGCCAUGAACACCGUGCUGCUCUGUAACCUCUUCUCCCUCCCUCGGAUUGUGUACGCCAUGGCAGAAGAUGGGUUGUUCUUCUCCUUUUUCGCACGGGUCAAUCCCGUCACCAAAGUCCCCGUCAAUGCUAUUUUGGUGUUUGGGAUCCUUAUGUCCACCAUGGCUCUCGUCUUUGACCUGGAGGCCUUGGUUCAGUUCUUGUCCAUCGGCACCCUCCUGGCAUACACCUUUGUGGCAGCGAGUAUUAUCGUGCUGCGCUUUCAGCCCGACAAAAUCGGCUCCAAGGGAACCGCUUCCACAUCUCCCAACCCCAAUGCUGAGGCUUCCCCUGCCCCCUCCGAGUCUCAGACCAUAACCGAGGACAGCGGGGAGCUGAAGCAGUACGAGUCCUUCUCUGACAAACUCCAGUUGGUGGAGAGACAGGCGUCGGGAGAGCGGCGCGGGGCGGGGCAGCUGAAGGCCUUCUGGGAACCGUAUCUUGGGAAGCUGCUGGGGGACUGUGAGCCGGGCGAGGUGGUGGCCUUUUGCGUGCUCACUCUGAUAGUGAGCUCGGUCUCCCUCUGCGUCGUGAUAGAGUUUGGAACCAAACAGCUGCAGCUGCCAAUCUGGAGCUUCACGAUGCUGCUGGUGAUUUUUAGUUCAGCUUAUGUUCUCAGCCUGACGCUCAUAUGGCUUCACGAGCCACAAACCAACCGCAAAACAUUCCAGGUACCUUUGGUUCCAUUGACUCCAGCUGCCAGUAUCCUCAUCAAUGUAUUCCUCAUGAUGAAGCUCAGCUAUCUAACCUGGAUUCGAUUCACUGUAUGGAUCGUUAUAGGUCUCUUUGUGUAUUUUGGUUAUGGGAUCUGGCACAGUAAGGAGGGCAUGCGGGAGCUGCAGCCCAAAGACAUGGCCGCCCGGUAUGUGGUGCUGCCCAGCGGCAGCCUGGUAGAGACGGUGCAGCCUGUCCAGCCCGAAGGACAAGCGGACACCUCGGGGCAACACAUCAACCCCUCCGCUGCUUCGACAGCUGAUGAGUACGCAGGAAAGAGAUGAUGUGUGACCAAAUAUAGUUAUUACUACUGCCUGGUAUUUUCUGUUGUGUCCCACUCAUACGCUUUACUAUUACUAGUGUCUCUCUGUAUCUCACUCCCGUUAGCGUGUGACUGGCCUGCCACAGUCUGUACUCGUUGCUCUGCAAAUGUAAGCACACCACAGGAUGGGAUGCACGCUCUCUGUCUCGUUGUGACGCCUAUUUGUAUAUCUUGUAAUACUCGAAUGUACAGUAGAGAGCUUUAUCACUGUCCUGUAUACUCCUAGCAACAAAGUUGUGUUAUAUCCUUUUUAAGACCAGCUCUUUUCUUGCAACCUCGCCAGUUUAUCAGAAUCCACACGGUUAUAGGUUAUAUACGGUGCUUUCUUUGUGACAAACCUUUUAGUUAAGUAUACUCAGUGGAUGAUUUUUAAGAAAAUGCUAUUACGGAUCUGGAGCUGGAAAAUCAGCGUUCACCAAAACUGUCAUUUUUGAAGAUGUCAUUUGAAGCAUAUUAAGCAUUCAUACGUUGCAUGUUUAGUUUUUUUUUUUAGCUAAGCAGAAGAAUGCACAGACUUUUGUGAGUUUACAUUUUUGCCUUCUCCCCCAAAGCCUCAGGAGAAACUACAGGCUCUAAUACUUCCUCUCAGUCCAGCUCCUUUUGGUACUCAAAGACUGCACUAGUGGUUUCUGGCAUAUCAUUUAAUCCCAUGUUCUAAAAUAUGUAUUUAUUUUUCUAUUAUUAUUACUGUUCUGUUAUAGUUUUUUAUACAGAUCUCACUAGCUUAAUUCUUCUCUGAGUUAUCACUGUCCUUUGUGCGUGUCUCUGUGUCUGUGUUGUUAUGUGUUUUGCAUGUUCCUCUAUUAGUCUCCAUCAGUAAUGUGUGUUCACCUUUUAAGUGGCAGACAACACUUCACUUAAUCUAAAUCUCAUCCCAUGACCCCGUUCUUUUUUGCGUCACUGAUCUCAUGCAGUCUUUUCUCACGCACACUUAGACAGCAGCCCUCUGCCGACGUCUCCCCGUCGGUAUGAGAUUAGAAAUCAAAGCACAUUUCUUUUGACAUUUUAUCACCACUUUCCGAUUAUAACCUGAGAGAUAAUUAGAUCAUUGGAUAUAUAAAGCAAGCACAAACCUACUGAAUGUGAAUCUUAACACACAGGGUAUAAUAUUGGUUGUCAGGCAGAUUUUGGAUGUGCUUCAUGUCUCUGAAGCCUCCGUAAUCCCAGCAGAUUUGCAUUAGUCCCUGCCGCCAGUCUGCAGUUUGACCUAGAUUAUUGAAAGGCACACAUGUGAGAACACUACACAGAUAACAUUCCCACAGCCUACACUUGUAACAGUGUCAAGUGAACGGCUUUAUUUUUUAUUACAUAGGUAAAUGUACUUAUUCCAAUAAAUUCUAUUAUUCUAUUCAUUUCAGUUUGUGUUUGCAUGUGUUGCGUAAGAAACCGAUGGCCUUAAACGUGUUGAAUUCAAUGCAUUACUGGUUUCCAAAGUUAAAGUACUCCUGUUGUAAUGAUUUAGUUUUACUAUUUUGUUCUGUUAGAUAAAAACUCUUACACGGGACCUUCUAAUUAUUAAACCAAAACACAAACAUGGAAGAGAAUGUGUAGUAGGAGGCAUUUUGGCUUUAUUUCAGAGACUUUUGUACAACUUUGCACACUGAAGACUAUUGUCAUUUUGGGUUUCACAGUUGCUUUGGAUGUCGGGGGCCAGUGACAGAUAUCGAUACCGUGGUGCUUCUUUAAGCUAAACAUUCUCUCACUUCUUUCUCUGUCUUCUUUUUUGCAAAUUAUAAAUGAUCCAAUUCUUUUCUUACUUCUGAAUCGUAUUGUACUCUGUACUUGCACAUUAAGUUCUCAAAUCUUUCUGUUAUAGUGUAUGUCUGUAUACAAUGCAAAAGACUGUAUUCUAAAUGAAAAAUAAAUGUUUUGAAGCAGCAUUUACAAAAAGAAAUCUAAAUUGUGGAAUAAUCUGACUGCAGGGAAUCACAUCUGAAUCACAAAUGAUGGAAAUAGUUUUUUAAAAUUGUUUCAGAAACUAAAAUAUUCACAUAAAGAAGAAAAACAAAAGACAAAAUGAAAUGUAAGGAAUUAUACAGGAUAAAACUGACUAAAGGUUAAUUUAUAUUAUGUUUAGUUAUUUCUAUAAUGGUCAUGACCUGCACCAAAACACUGCUGUGCUCCUGCUACAUAACAGACUUACAUAAGAGUUGUGACAUUAAAUGAAUUAAUUAAUAAUUAAUAAAUAAAAACUAUUUUAUAAAGACAAUUUUUACACCUCUUUUUAAAAAUUGUAAUACCUCAUAUCAUCUGGUAAAAUGUUCCAAAUCUUAGCGCCCACAUAUUGAAUAUCUCUUAUAAUAAUGAUAGUAUUAUAUCUACGCUGGUCUCGUUGAAUGUUUAGCAUUUAUACACAUGACUUGCUGCUGAACAGAAAACAGCGAGUUGAAAUCUUCUAAAUUGUUUAUUUUAUUGUAAUAUAAAAUGUAGCAUAUGCUCUUAUUUUGUACACGCUGCUUAGAAAGACCACGGUCAUUUUCUUCUACAAACCUCUGGCCUUUUUAUUUACCCAGACAAACUUCAAAUAAGUGCAGGUUACAAAGGUGUUAUCAAUAAUCAGUAAUAAUUCAUGAAUUAUGUACAUGAAGAAACGUCCUUUUAGAAUAGACAUGACUCUUCUCAUAGUCGGUGUUGUCGAGUGUAUAUUUUCUGCUCUUGAUUAACUUGAAUUAAUCGCUUUGUCAACUUCAAUUACAUGCUUGACGACACAGCUGUAUAGUUAACCCAAUUUAAGGAUUAACCCUGAGGUCAUGAGCUGUCUUUUAAGAGAAUGAACACAUACGUCAGGUGUUCGUUCAGGUAACACUGGUGAGAUAUUAGAGAUGAUUAGUGAUGUUAAACAGGUUUUUUGCAGUCAGUUACCGACACAUAUUUUCUCCUAUCUGUCAGGUUUAAGAAAACACGGAUACAAGAACAAAUACAAGAUGUGUUUGACUUGAGCGGCUCUGACACAAGCUGACUUCCAGGGGCUCCCUAGGCUCAGAUAACACAACUGAGUUCAUGGUUGUCUCAAAUUACCGCUGCAAAACAAGCCUCAUGCAUGACGUGUGGUGCAAACACACACAUGACAAGCGAGAAGCGUCGACUCACACUGAUCCACGGUGUGUGUGUGGUCUUGAUCUCGGAGCACUAAUUAAAGACUAACUGCCAGAAUAUCUUGGGAGGAACUGAACACAAAA